GCGAAAUCCUGGAGGCUCUGAUUAAACUACAUACUGAUCAUUAAAUUUGGUGAACAGAGUGUUGUUGAUUGAUUUUUUUUUCAGUUGGCGCGACCAAGUGACGUCACAACGCGUAAUUAUUACGCAUUUCCGCUUCCAUGCGGAAGGCAAUGGUACAUUUUAAGCUUCAGCUGGGUGUUAAGUGUUUGUUUAUCGCGAUAAACAAAAGAGGUGAAGCGAGUAUCAGUCUUGGCCAGCGUUAAUACAGUGGCAGCUUUGAACCCGUGGAUGGAAGUGGGGAGGACCCGGGUCAUGGGUCCAGAAAGAGUGCUGCCGAGCUCGGAGGAGGAGCUGGGACAGGAGCGAGGGUCAGAGCCCACAGCCGAGGAGUGGAGCGGGGAGGACGGGGAAGGGGAGGACGGAGCCCCAGGGGAGGAGGAGGAAGAAGAGGAGGAGGAGGACAGCGCCGGUUAUUAUUAUCAACCACUGAACCAGGAGCCUGAUGGAGGGCCCAACACACAGCUGGAUCAAAACGACGAAGCAACACAUGUCGAUCAGCUCCAGGAGGUUCAGGAGAGAAUAGAGGCCAUGGGCUUGUUCCUGCCUCAGCCCCCAGCUCCAGACAGUGAUGAGGAGGAGGAUCCUGAAGGAGCUGCUGCACGCCGGAGCCAUGCCUCCAUUCCUAUGGAUCCUGAUCAUGUUGAGCUCGUGAAAAGGACUAUGGCAGCAGUGAACUUGCCGUCUCUGGGGAUCCCUGCGUGGGCUCGUGAGAUUUCUGAUGACCAGUGGAAGGACAUGGUGCAGAAGACUCUCCAGUCUCGGCAGAGCUCAGCAGGCCUCUUACUGCAACGUAAAUGAAAUGACCUUAGGCGCUCAUGAUGUUCUCAUCCCUAAUAAAGCACCAAAAGAGCCUAUAAGUUCAUGUGACUGAGGUGAUAAAGAACCAUUGUUUAUUAUGUAUUGUAUUUGUUUUGAAAGGAAUUCACCCGGUACCAUGAUGCACAGAAUACUCACAAAAUUUGCAGGGCUUAAAGGAACAGUCCACUGUAUUUCCAUAAUGAAAUAUGCUCU